GAAUCUCCUUAUUACAAGGAAUAACAAAGGAACAGAAUUCUAUUCAGGAAAAAUCCGUCAGUCAUGAAAUAUUCAAUGAAUUAAAGACAAGCAAUAUUUAUUUUGAAAUCUUAAGUAAACAAAUAUCGAUCGUUUUUGAUUUGCAAGAUUUAAAACCAACUGAAAAUUUACAUUUAGCAAUCCAAAAAGCCUUAAAAUCAAAUACACCAAUUAAAAAUUUAAAGCUUGUUUUUCAAGAGUUUGGGCAUUAUUUUCAUACAAAAUUAAUAUUUGGUAAUAAAUUGCAAAGGAUUAUUCUGAAAGAAAAUACUGAAUACUUAGAUCAUUCAAAGGAAUUUGAUGACAUUAUUGAAAUAGACCCUUUUCUUGAAAAAUGGAGAGAAUUGGUUCAACCAUUUGAUUCCUCUUAUAUGAUAGGGAUGGAUGGUUAUCCAAUCAAACUAAGUCAAAUUCGUAAAUGGUUUGAUAUAGUAUCAAAUCGAAUAUCUGAGUGGUCUAUUGUAAAGCGUGUUGUUGUACCAUUAUACACAAUUCUCAAUAUAAGUCAACAACGUGAAAUUGAAAAUCUUUUUAUAAAGGAGAAUUUUGUUUCAAUGUUCGAAAUGACACAAUUUUUGGAUUAUAAUUCUGGAUAUCAGCGAAUUGAAUAUGAUAGUCAAUUGGAAAGUGAUAAUUAUCAAUUAUUUGGUAAUGUGCUGACUCUUCAUAAAGAAAAGAUAGAAAAUGUACAUGUGAAGUUUAGCAUGAAAACCGAAUUUGGAUUUUCAGUUAGCUGGCAUGAUUUUCGACAAGAUUACGUUCAAGCAGAGUGCAAGCAGACCUUAUUUUCUUCGGUGGAUGUUAAUCGGUUGCCCGAAUGA